CAACUUAGUCUUGAUCACUCAUCUCAGCCCUUCUCUUUCCUCAUCCCAUCUUCCAGCCAGCCGAUCAGCUGCUGAUUCAACCCUCAUCACCUCUCCAUUUCUUUGUUCCAACCUUCUAUUUCUUCCUGUCGCAUCUUCCAUCGGUCCUGCUCCGUCGGUCCACAUAUCGCAGACUGUACCUAUUCCUCUUUUACUCCUUGCCCAGUCGAGCCGUCCGACCCCAUCCUUGUCAGAUCACAUACCUUCCACUUGCAUUGUUUUCUCACAUCAGCUUUUGACUGCUACCUAAUCACAAACCGGCCAUCAUGAGUUAUCAAAACUACGGCGGCCAGCAAGGCGGAAACCAAGGAUACGGGUCUUAUAACCCCUAUGAUCAAGCGUCAAACCCAUACAAUGACACCCAGGGUUACAGCGAUCAGCCGGCCUAUGGCGGCCGGAAUCAGGGCAAUCGUUAUGGCGAUGAGGAGCAACAAGGAGGAUAUGAGAUGAGAAAUGUCAAUGGCUCAGACCCAAACCGAAUCCUCAACGAAACCCGUGCCGUCGAUCAGGCCAUUGACGAGAUCGAGGCCGAUCUGCAACGGCUGAGAGGCUUACAAUCUCGCUACCUGGCGGAUACCAACACCUCGGCUCAAUCCCCCCUACGAAUCGAAGUCGAUCGUACUGGCGAUAAUAUCAUGACCAAGUACCGAGGACUUGUGACCAGAGUCAAGAAUAUCAAGUCCCAGCCCGAAUCUGGCAACCCCCGAAAUGCCCCUCAGGUGGGCAAGGUGGACAGGAGACUCAAGACUGCCAUCAAUCAAUACCAACAGGUUGAGCGAGAGUUCCGCAAGGCUUCUCAAGAACAAAUGGCCCGACAAUACCGAAUUGUCCGCCCAGACGCGUCAGACGCCGAAGUGCGCGAAGCAGUGGAAGACCCCAACAACCAGCAGAUCUUCAGUUCGGCCUUGAUUCAAAGUGACCGACGCGGUGAAGCUCAGUCAGUGGCCAGAAACGUUUCUCAACGUCACGAGGAUAUUCAGAAGAUUGAACGACAGAUGAUCGAACUUGCUCAGCUGUUUCAAGACCUCGAGGCCCUGGUCGUUCAACAGGAGCCUGCUGUCACUCAGAUUGAGCAGAGAGGAGAGGAGGUUACAGAGCACGUCGCCAAAGCUAACACCGAACUUGGCGGCGCCGUGGAGAAAGCUCGGGCUGCGCGCCGGAAGAAGUGGUGGUGCUUGGGCAUUGCUCUUCUCAUCGUUAUCAUCAUUGUGGUCAUUGUGGUGGUGGUGGUCAAGGUCACCUAAUCAGGUGCAAAUUGAUCUUGUGUCUCGAAUACGUUUGAAUAGCAUGCAUGAGCUCUGGUAUGGGAAUCAGAACUCAAGCCUGAGGAUUCAUGUCACGUUCCAGUCGACACCUACUAGCCCCCACUUGUGCGCACGGUUGUCCCUCGACCAACCCAUCCGCGUCCCAUGCGUGCAUGCACCCUCCACCAACCACCAAUCCACCACCUUCACAGCUUUCGAAGAUCCCCGGGGGUUAGUCUCGACGAGAAUGGAAUCUCGAUCUCGGUGUGACGAGAGAAUGGCAUGUGCCAGACAUCGACCCCGAGCACAUACAUCCGUCCUCGACAUGGAUACAGGCUACACACAGUUUCUGCAUGUUCAGAAAAAGCAGGCGCAUAGCGAGUUCCUUUUUUGGUUUGGUCUCUUUCCCAGUCUCCCUUUUAUGUUGCAGAGUUUGUGCGCGCCCCUAUUGUUGGAUGGGACUCUGUGCACUUUGUUGGCCCCAUGUACGCGUCUGCGCGUGUGUGCGUGUGCGUGUGCGUUGGGAGGGUGCCACAAAUACAUGUACAGCAUAGAAAAUUAUGCACCGUUUUAAUUCAACUUGCUUUAUAACUGCCUGCGGAUUGUCCUGGUGAGCGUGAGAAUGAGUAGUGGGAAGGAGACGAGUUUCCAAACGACUAGCGUCCUUUGUGUGUUUUGCUUCGUUAUCAGCUGAUCUUGUAGGAUAUUUAUAAGGAAGACGAUGGUGGCAUCAUGGCAUGAAUGAACCAGGUUUAAGAUCAUUAUGUGGGAUGUUUGCGUUUCCUCCGAGAACGAUCGUAGCGAGGAUUUUGCUCGCGAUCGCGAUCAAGGUUGCAACGAAAGUUCGCCGGUGUAUAUGCUGAUCCUCGCUGACCAGGGCACUCUGAUUGACACUCGCGUCCAACUCGAAAGGCUGGUUUAAUCCGAUCCCGUUUCGGCCAACUCGAGCGAAGA